AGCCUGGAGCUGUCACUCGCGCCGGAGCUUGUAAACAUCACCCAUUGCGCCACGAUGCCGCCUUUUAAAGAUGACCAGAUAAUCAUCAUUGCGCCUGGCUCGGAGACGACGGUCGCGCAGCUGGGGCUCCCCGAGUCUUUCACGCCCGCGCGUCUUCGCGUGAGAUCGCGCAUGUUCCCCGCAGAGAAGGAAGGUGAAUUCGAACCAUACAAGAUCCGAAGAAAGCAAGAUCAGCCCACCGCGACGAAUGGCGAACCCACCGAUGAGUCGCAACAAGAGAAGAAACCCACCGAGGGCGACGAUGAAGUAGUGUGGGAAGAAGACCGCGUUUCGGAAGAAGGUGCCAUAUGGCCCAUUCAGCAAGGUCGCAUUGUUGACUGGCCAUGCUUCUUCGCCCUCAUUACGCACACCUACAACUCUCUGAACCCGCCCUUCCACACUCCGAUCCUCCUCAUCACGCAACCAGCAUGGACCCCGCGAGAGCACGAGAAGCUCACCCAGUUCUUCUUCGAGAAGUUCAAGGUGCCUGCUUUUGGGCUCAUGGACGCAGCAUUGGCAACGACAUGGGCAUACGGUGUACACACAGCGACAGUGAUAGACGUUGGCAAAGACAAGGCAGACAUCACUGCUGUCAGCGAGUUCAUCCCGCACACUCAGGGUCGCGUCAUCUCACUGGAAGGAUGUGGAGGCGAGGCCUUUACCCAAGGGCUCUUGGCUAAGCUCAAGUCCAAGGGUCUUAAUCGCGACAUGUGCGAACAACUCAAGCGAUCACCAAUUUGUGAACUUCUGCCCCCAGGAGUUCCGCUUCCAGGCCCCGGAGAUGCACCUACCAAAGACGCGGCGACCAACCCUGCAGCACUUGCAUCAACCGGCGCCACAGGUCCUGGCGCAGCAGCAGCAGCUUCCAUCGGAAACGUGCCAAGAGGGCCUGGCAUCGAUACCGAAGUUGGCGAGGACGCGAGUCUUGAGGAGAGCGAAGGUGUUCUGGACGUGGCAAGCAUCGUCGCUGGCGGCAAGAUGUCGGAAUACCUAGCUAAGAAGGAGAAGGAGAAGCAGGAGAAGGCUAAUGCGAAGAAGAAGGGUGGUCCGGCCCCGGCAGCCAACAAGCCGGUCAGAUUACCCAACUCCCGACUUGAGAAGGCCACAUUCCUAUACGAAGACCACGCGCUUCUGGACACCUUGAAGAACAUGAAUCUCAAUACCCAGGAGAUGGCAGAUGCGAAGGGCGCUCUUGACGAAGGGCCAAACAGGAAGGGGCAAGAGAAUGGAGAAAACGGCGAGCCUACAUCCGCAACCGAAGCGAACGGUACCAGCGAAUCUGGUGCUACCGGUAAACGCACAGGAUCAAUAAGACGUGAGAUCGAGGUCGGCACCGAGCGAUUCAUGGCAGAUGGCGAUGGCACACUGGAGAAGAUCGCAGACGCUGUGCACAGGGCUAUAUCCUCCAUCGACGAGGUCGGGAAGCGAAGCGACCUAUGGGAACAGCUCAUCGUCUGUGGUAACGGUUCCAAGCUACGAGGUUUCAAAGAGUCGCUCCUCCAAACCAUCCAGACCAAGUAUCUGGUCUCGCCGUCCUCCGCCACGAUUUUCACAUCCGAGAUCCCAUCCAACGUGUCAACGCCCAUGGGAACCGGCGCGAACACACCGCAGCCCCAACUCGGCCCGCAUGGCGGCUCACAAGUCAACCCACUUCUGCUCGCAGCAACGACCGCGCAGACACAACACAUGAUGCCACAUGGAGGCAUGCCUGGCAUGGGAGGUAACACCCACUCAUCGCACGGCCAAACACCCACAUCGAUCAAAUUCAUCAAGCCGCCGGAGUACUUCCCUGAGUUCAAAGACGUUGGUUUCGAUGAGUCAGCCUUCUUAGGCGCUCAAGUCGCAGCCAAGGUUAUCUUCGUUGUCGAUCAGGGUCAAAGUAAGGGUUACAUGACCCGUCCCGAUUACAACGACCAGGGUCCACAGGGCAUCCACGAUUACAGCCUAUAAUCCGAGAUCUAGGUCCUUGGAUUACGAAGUUGGCUUUGACAAGCAAGGCCUUGUGUUACUUUUGCAAACCCGCCAUUUGUGGAGUUUAGGCACGGUUUAUGGAUAUCCCGGCGUUGCCAAAAAGGGAAGCCUGUCAAGUUUGAUGAAACGGAAUAGGCGAUUGUCGCGAUAGGCUAGCGGCGUAUUGCGAGAUGCUUACUCCAAAUCCUAUUUUCAUGACCACCCAUCCGUCCCAUUCUUUCCUUUUCCACUCGCCAACUUUGUGGGAGUGAAACGCCCAUCUCAUUUCUUCUGGUAGUUAGGCAUCGGAGUACGCCGAUCGCCCUGGGGGCUCCGCUCCGCUCCCCACGUGCUAGGCAUUAGCGAGUGGCUAACCGGAUCUAGCCAUUCUUACUUCUGGCAACUGAUAAAGGUCGCCAGUGCCACUCGCUUUAUAUCGUUCUUGUCUU